AUGAAGAAGGAUGAAUCAAUCAGUGACCUGCAGACAAGGUUUACACACAUCAUCAACAAUCUUCAUGCCCUAGGAAAAGUUAUAGACAAUGAGCAACAAAUAGGAAAAGUAAUGAGGUGUUUGACCAGAGAAUGGCAACCCAAAAUCACUGCCAUUGCUGAAUCAAAGGACCUGGCUCAGACUCACAAAGCAAAAUCUGGACCAGAUACUGAUGAUUCAAAAAGUGAAUCUGAUGAAGAGCCUGAGAUAGGGAUGUUAGUCAGAAAAUUCAAGAAAUUUUUGAAGAAGAAAGGAAGCCAGUCAGAAUGCCAAGGCCACAUCAGAUUUGAGUGUUAUAGACUGCAGAACAAAAACAAGCCUGUAAAGACUAAAGGAAAGGAUCAACAACCUUCAACAAAGAGAGCUUACAUUGCCUGGAACGACAAUGAUGAAGAUUCAUCUGAUGAUUCUGAAGAUGAAGAAGCUAACUUGUGUCUCAUGGCAAAUACUGACUCAGAAUCUGACAGUGAAGUAAGUACAACCUCUAAUCCAUCAUAUGAUGAAUUGCAUGAUGCCUUUAAUGAAUUGCAUACUGAAUAUGUUAGUGUUCUCAAACAAUUAAUAAGUACUAAGAAACUGCUAGAAGAGAAAUGCAUGUUGUAUGAUGAGAUUAAUUUGAAGCAUGAGUCUCUUAGAGACAUAAAUGAAGAAUUGAAAAAAGAAGCAUGUGCAUUGAAAUGUGAUGUAGCUAAGUUUAAUAGUGGUAAAAACAACUUAGAUAGACUUCUUAGAAAUCAAAGAAAUCUAAAUGUUAAAACUGGACUUGGCUAUAAGCAACACAUGCAUGUUAAAGGGAAUCAGAAGUUUGUUAAAUCUAAACAAAUGCAUGAUAACUGUACUGGACCAAAUAUGAAAUCAUCCCCUACUGUUGUAUGUCAUUUUUGUUGCAAAAAGGGACAUACGGUUUUCAACUGCAAACUGAAAAAACUUGCCAACAGAGGAUGGAAACAAAUUUGGAAAGUUAAGUCACAAGCAUUUGAAACUAACCCCCUAGGACCCAAUUUGAAUUGGGAAUCAAUCAUGGUAUCUGAACAGUGGAUGCUCCAAGCAUAUGACUGGAGACAAGUCAAUGUUCUUGUCUCUGAACUUAAAGGAAGGGUAUCAGCCAACUGUGUGACAAGGGAUUCCAGGUACAUUUUACUUCUAUGUGUUGCACACUUGAGCAUAAGGAAUUUAAAGAGAGUGGCCCAUAUUCAUAUGGAUCACUUGAAUAGACUAGUUAGGAAGCAGUUAGUCCUAUGUCUCCCAAAUAGGAAGUUUUCUAAGGAUAGGUUAUGUGACUCAUGUGAGAGGAGUAAGCUAGUUAAGUCUUCUUUCCCCCCUAUAGACUUGGUUCAAACCAGUAGGGUCUUACAGUUGGUACACAUGGACUUGUUUGGUCCAUCUCAGGUUAGAAGCUUUGGAGGGAACCUAUAUGGGUAUGUGCUGGUAGAUGAUUACACUAGGCCUAUACUUAGAAAGACUCCUUCUGAGUUAUACAAGGGUAGAAAACCUAACCUAUCUUACUUUAGGGUCUUUGGGUGUAAGUGCUUUGUGUUAAACAAUGGUAAAGAACAUCUAGAUAAGUUUGAUCCUAAGGCAGAUGAGGAGUCUAAACCAAUAGAACCUAGUGAACCUAUACCUCCAACCAACCUUGACUGUGUAGAACCUAUUAGGGAAGAUGAUUUACCCAAAGAAUGGAAGUUUACCAAAAACCAUCCCAUAGACAACAUUAUUGGAGAGAUCUCAAAAGGAGUUUCAACCAGAAAAUCACUUAGAGAGUUUUGCAACUUUACUGUCUUUGUUUCUCAAAUACAACCCAAAAACAUUAAGGAAGCUCUUAUGGACCAUGACUGGAUAGUAGCCAUGAAAGAGGAACUCAAUCAAUUUGAGAGAAACCAAGUGUGGACUCUAGUUCCUAAACCAGAGAAUAAACAUGUCAUAGGAACUAGAAGCUUGAUAGGAUCCUUACUUUACCUAACAGCUGGUAGACCAGAUAUCAUGUUGAGUGUGUGCAUGUGUGCUAGAUACCAAGCCAAUCCCAAGGAAUCUCACCUUAGUGCAGUUAAGAGGCUGGUAGCUGUUGUUCACAGAUUCUUUGGAUGCAGCAACACCUCUUAG